AAACAGACAUUACAUCUUUAUGUCGUUAUCCUGAUUCGAUGUACGUGGUUAUGUGAUGUUCUGUUGGUAAAAUUCCCAUAUGCUUCGCGCUACUUCCAUAAAUACGUACACGUCGAUGUCCCAUAAUGUCCACAAUUAGCGUGGAAACUUGUUACGAUCGUAAAAACGACAAAGUUCACUCAACAAUGACAAAUGGAGCUUCCAAACAUAAGUGGAUCUCGAGGAUAGUAAUUGCUACCUUUCUCGUGCUCAUUAUUUUAAAUCUACCGGCUAUCUGCAGUGCUCACGGAGAUCAUUAUUCAGAGGAAGACUUGGAGGAAUCGCCGAGUUACAAAUAUUCCAAGAAAGCAAACUAUUUAAGUGAACAUCUACAUGCUCACACGCACGAGUCCGAUGAGAUCCGGGUUUUCUCUUUUUCGGAAACAAAUGUCUCGGAUAAAAAUCACAGCGAUAUUAUUUUGAGAGCUGUUGGCUCGACUGUGAUUAUAUCUAUUGCACCUUUUCUUAUAUUAUUCUUUGUACCGCUAGACAAUACUAACCAACAUGAAUCGCUGCUCAAAAUUUUACUGAGCUUUGCUGCUGGUGGCUUAUUAGGCGAUGCGUUUCUUCAUCUAAUUCCUCAUGCAAUGCUUCCUCAUUCGCAUGGAUCUUCAGAGAAGCAUUUCCAUAGCCACAAUCAUGACUCUGAACAUCACGAACAUGACAUGACUAUUGGUUUAUGUGUAUUGUUAGGUUUAAUAACAUUCUUAAUAGUAGAGAAGAUAAUUCGCAUUAUUAAAGGUGCUCAUUCUCACUCACAUGUUCAUCAUAUUUCUCAAGAGAAAAAAGAGAAUGUUUCAUCAAAGAAGAAAGAAGAGAAGGAAAACAGCAAUAAAGCAGUUUCUAAGGUGUGCAAACCACCUGAAAGUGACAUAAAGAUAGCUGGUUAUUUGAAUCUAGCUGCAGAUUUUCUGCAUAACUUUACAGAUGGUCUAGCUAUAGGGGCUAGUUAUAUGGCUGGAAAUAAUACUGGUUACCUAACAACAGUUACAAUUUUAUUACAUGAAAUUCCACAUGAAAUUGGUGAUUUUGCCAUAUUAGUACAAAGUGGAGUUAGCAAAAGAAAGGCUAUGAUGAUGCAAUUAAUUACCGCUAUAGGAGCUUUGUUAGGAACCUUUGUUUCUUUACUGACAGAAGGAAUGGGUGAUCUCGCAACACAAUGGAUUCUUCCAUUUACAGCAGGAGGUUUUAUUUAUAUUGCAGCUGUUUCUGUAAUACCUGAACUUUUGGUUUCCACUAAAGCUUGGCAAUCAAUUAUGGAGAUCUGUGCACUUCUUUUUGGAGUAUGCAUGAUGGUUUUUAUAACAGACUGAGUAAGAAACAAGUUUCUUACAGAAUACAAAAUUUAUAUUCAAUUUAUUCUUUAAGAUUACUUAUUAAGAUCUGAAAGAAUAUCCUUAAAUCAUUUAAAUAAAUAACAAUGAAAAAGAGUAACGUGUGUUUAAUACAAUUAUAAUCUCUGCAGAAAAGAUGUGCAUUAACCUUUUACAGAAACAAAUAUCAGUGACACAAAUGUCAUUAUUUAA